AUGCGUCAGAGCCACAACUCUGAAGACGAGAAACUUCUAUUUGGGGGGUGCGGUGGGGUUGGGGAACCUGGAGCCUUCUGGGGGCUGUUGACCAGCAUGGCCAGUGAUCAGGAAUGCUGGGAGUUGCUACAGUCCAACAACAGCCCCCCCCUUAAAAUAAUGUUUAUUCAUUUUCCAUAAAAAAACCAACCAAUUAUUAACAAAUCAAAUUCCCAACCUUGAAUACAGAAACCUCAAAGGCAAUAAAAUUGUAAAAGCACUGCAUUGAGAUAGUCCCUGUGGGGUUUGUUCUCUGUGUGACCUAAGGAGAUGCAUUCCUUUGGAGAGGGCUUCCGGGUGAACAUCGCCCUAACCUAAGAACAUAAGAACAGCUUGGCUGCUGGAUCAUGGGUGGCCCAUCUAGUCCAGCCUCCUGUUCUCACAGUGGCCAAGCAUCAAUGGGAAACCCACAGGCAAUUCUCUUUUAAAGCCAUCAAGGCUGGUGAGCACCCCUGCCUCCUGUGGGAGGGAGUUCCAUAGUUCAACGGUGUGCUGUGUGAAGGACUUCCUUUUCUCUGUCCUGAAUCUCCCAGCAUUCAGCUGCAUUGGAUGUCCAUGAGUUCUAGUGUUACAAGAGAAGGAGAGAAACUUUUAUCCAUCCACUGUCUCCACGCCAUAGACACUUCUAUCGCAUUGCUUCUUACUUACCUUUUCUCUAAACUAAAAAGUCCCACACGCUUUUCUUCAUAUCAACCCCUGGAUAUCCACACAGGAAUUUUAUCUGCUGAUCCCAGCUAGACUUAGUGAAGAGUGUAAGAAUCACAUCAUCAUCAUCAUCAUCAUCAUCAUCAUCAUCAUUAAUGUUGCACUUCUGACACCAGUGUUGCAUGUAGCCCAAACUCUGAGUAGCCAGACUCUAGGUGUGCCUGCAUUCACCCAAGGUCCAGUUUCCUUACAAUGAAACCAAAUAGAGACCAUGGUAUCUUUGGGAUAUAUAGUUUUAUUUACAGUACACAUAUACAAUAUAUAACCUGCUCUCAGCGGUAACACCUCAACAGAUCUUUCUUCCAUGUUAGGGUUCCAGGGAAGCCCCAAGCCACAGCUUGGGGUCCAGGAGAGAGCAAGACAGUAUCUCUGUCUCUUCAUAUUCCAGCAUCAGCCCAACUCACACACAAUUCCCCACUUUGUCCUAUUGGUCUCCAUAUUAGGGUGACGGUGGCAUCCAGCCAGGUGGAGUGGGAAAAGCCCACUCAUUUGUCUCUAUGGCAACAGAGCUCACUUGGUUAAGAUGCAAAUGACAAGUACUGUACUUAACUUUCCUGACAAAGAUACACAUAGAUAGAGGAUCACAGAGGCCCAGGGUAUCAUUCAGAUUGACCCCUCUCAUUCUAGCUAAAUGAGGGGUGUGUAUUUGGGUUAAAUGUGGAUCCUGGGUCUGAAAUGGUGGGAGGUGACUGGCCCCCACUGGCAGCAGCUCUCCAGAGUUUCAGGGAGGGAGUCUCUUGCAGCCCUACCUGGCAAUGUCAGAAUUUGAACCUGGUGCCUUCUGCAAUGCAAGGGGGAAGCACCACCACUGAGCUACGCAUCUUCCCCUAAACUUGGGAGAUAUGAGUUCUCUACUGUAUGUAAAAGGAUGGGAUAUGUUCUCGCUAGAAACGUUGCUUAAAGGGGAACCGCCUGGGAGAAGCUUGAGCUAUGAAAGCGGAAGAGAGAUGUUUCAGCCAGCUGGCAGACAGAAUGUCAGGAGCCUCAAAGUUCCGAAGAAGCGUCAAGAUGCAGGAGGCGCAGGAUGGGCCCAGGGCGCAGGUGGGUGGGUUGUCAAGGUAACAGUGACCCACCCUCCUUUGUGACAUCUUAUUUUUCUACUCAGGGUGGGAGUUAGACGCGAGGUAGUUAAUGUGUAUGGGAGAGAAUAGAAGAGGAUAUAUAUAUAUAUACACUAUUUAUACAGUUGCUUGCUUUUAAGAUACCCUGUUCUUUGUUUCCAACCUGCUAACAAAGAUCUUCUACAUCUCUCAAGGUGCCUCCAGGCUAAUGCAUCAGCAACCCACCUGCCACCAAGAUCUGUUCCCCCCGCCCUUGCACUUUUAAGAGCAUAAGGCGAGCCUGUUGGGUCAGGCUAAGUGGCCCACCUGGUCCAGCAUCCUAUUCUCACAGAGGCCAACCAGGUGCCUUAUUGAGAAACCCUAAUCCUCUUUUAGGUACGCGGGUGGUGCUGUGGGUUAAACCACAGAGCCUAGGACUUGCAGAUCAGAAGGUUGGCAGUUCGAAUCCCCGCAACGGGGUGAGCUCCCAUUGCUCGGUCCCUGCUCCUGUCCACCUAGCAGUUCGAAAGCACGUCGAAGUGCAAGUAGAUAAAUAGGUACCACUCCGGCGGGAAGGUAAACGGCAUUUCCGCGCACUGCUCUGGUUCGCCAGAAGCAGCUUAGUCAUGCUGGCCACAUGACCUGGAAGCUGUACGCUGGCUCCCUCGGCCAGUAAAGCGAGAUGAGUGCCGCAAACCCAGAGUAGGCCACGACUGGACCUAAUGGUCAGGGGUCCCUUUACCUAAUCCUCUUUUAAAGCCAGCCACGUUGGUGGCUUUCACUGCCAACUGCGGGAGGGAGUUCCACAGUUUAACCAGGCGUUGCAUAGUGUUUUUCCUUCGCGAGGGCAACUGUCCAGCUCCUUGCAUGGGGCUGUUGGGAAAUGUUUAUACCUACAGUUGUUCCAUUGAAAGAGAAUCAUCGAAGGAGCGCGCUUCAAAGCAGCCGCAAGAGGGCUCUCUCUAGCUUUGCCGGCGACGCCUUUUGCAAAGGUUGCAACCGCUCCCAGCAGAAAUUGCAUUUCCUCCCGCAGCAGCUUCCUGGGGCUGCCCUUAGCCGGGAGUCGGCUUCACUUCCUGCCUGAAACUUACAAGCCCCUAAAACAAGGGAUCGUGCAAUGCACAGGUUGCAACAGCCUUUGCAAGGGGGGAAAAACGGGUCUCCUGUUCCUUUGCAACCUCUGCGUGCAAAUGCAACGCCCGGACGCCGCAGAGCCUUUUGCAACGUAGCGCAAGCAUGUUUCAAUUGCUCAUGAUAGUGAAUUUCUUCCAAGCAGCCAGGCUGAAAAGCCUCUGAAAAGCCUCGCUCCGAUGCUGGCUAGGAGGGCGAACAUGAAGAGCAUCACGAGGGUGGUGGUUUACCUGUCCAAAGAGAACAGCUGCCCGCAGCGCGCCAGGUUCCAGCAGGUAGCGACGAAAACUGUGUGUGGGUCUGUCACUUGCUGUCCUCUGUUGGGAUUUUGUGGAAGGAUCCGGGUGAUUUGCAGGUGGAUGAGGUCCCGCAUCCACACCAGGCAUUUAAAGCAGUGGAUCCUGGGGUGAUCCCUAAAGGCCACGGCAAUGGAUUAAGCCAGGGGUUGUCCAACAUCUGGGUGGUCUCUUGGUUCCAUAAACUCGCCCCCAGUGCCCCCUACCCUAUAAAAAGAACAAAUCAGAAUUGCACUUUGCAGGACUCCCUAAAGAAAAUAAUAGCACAAGAAAAUUCAACACAGUAACAAGUAUUUCCACACUGGUUCAAAAUUUGGUUCAACAACAAAUUCAUCAACAACAACAAAUUUAUUAAAUUUGUGAGGUCCAUGCCUUUACACAAAAUACCAUAAAACAUUAUUAAAAGAUAAACCAAAAAGAUUAUAAAAGUAAGCUAAAAUUCAUGCCAUGUUGUCCCAGCAAGGAAACUACCCAAAACCCCACCAUUCAAGGAAGAAGGUACAGCAACAGGUUAGGAGAGCAAUGGGAGGGACCUCACCGUUUCAUCCAGGAACCAUACCCUAGUUUUCAUAGCCUUCACCACAAAGACCGCUACCACGUGAGAAAUCCGUGGAUCAGCGUCUACCAGUAAAAACUUUACUUGGUCCUCAGAGUUGACUAUUGAUUUAGGAAUAGUUUGUAACAUCGCAUCCCUGAAGGCCGAAUAGAUGGGACAAUACAACAUGUAAUGUAUGAGAUCCUCUUUGGUUCUCAUAUAACAAGGACAUAUCCGCUGCUCUACUGGGAUUUUUGCAUAUCUGCCUGACAGAUAGGCCGUAGGAAUGGUUUGAAAACGGGCCAUAGUAAAGGCUCUCCGAAGAGUGGGGUUGUUGUUGUUAGCUUUGGUUCAACAAAUUGAUGAACUUGAUCCAACAACAGCAGCUUUUUUUAAAAUUAUUAUUAUUAUUAUUAUUAUUUGAAUUUAUAUAUCACCCUAUACCCAGAGAUCUCAGGGUGGUUCACAAAAAAGAUCAACAUAAAAACCACAAUAUAUAUAUAAUCAAAAUAAAAACAACCCCCUCACAAAAAGAGCCACAUUUCAAAAGGGUAUAGGAUGUCAGUCAGGUGAACCAAAGGCCUUUUAAAAGUCUAAUAGUAAUUUACACCCCCGGAACUGCAGCAUUACCUACAGUCUUAAUUGGACACCGCCCCCAGCCAAAAUAAUAUUGCAUACAGUAUUAUGAAAUGGUGACCAGGGUUUUGUUUUGUUUUUUGUCUGCUUCUCCCAGAGCAUCGUUGGCCACUUUUGCACAGGCGACGAAGACAGCUGGAUGGUGAACUGCGCUUUGGACCAGCGCCGGUUCCUGAUUUCUGACAGGGAGUUUGCUGGCUCCAACAGGGUCCUCUUGCAGGUUGGUGGGGGAGAUGGAUGGGGUUUCCAGAACUGAAACACGCUUUUUAAAAUGUUCAGUUCUGCUUCUUUUUUUAAAGAUGCCUUCUUCCAUUUAUUUUCACCCAAGUUGCUACUGUGACCUUUUUUCUUUUUCUUUUUGAAGGAGAGAAUAAAAAUAUAAAACCAAAAAAUUACCUUCUUAUUUGUCUAUCAAUUGCCCAAUGAUGGAAAAGGUAAAGGUAAAGGGACCCCUGACCAUUAGGUCCGGUCGUGACCGACUCUGGGGUUGCGGCGCUCAUCUUGCUUUAUUGGCCGAGGGAGCCUGCGUACAGCUUCCGGGUCAUGUGGCCAGCAUGACUAAGCCGCUUCUGGCGAACCAGAGCAGCACACGGAAACACCGUUUACCUUCCCGCCCGUUUACCUAUUUAUCUACUUGUACUUUGACGUGCUUUCGAACUGCUAGGUUGGCAGGAGCAGGGACUGAGCAACGGGAACUCACCCUGUUGCAGGGAUUCGAACCGCCGACCUUCUGAUCGGCAAGCCCUAGGCUCUGUGGUUUAACCCACAGUGCCACCCGUGAUGGAAAACUUUGUCUCAAUCAACACCUCCCUAUGGUGGAGUAACAUAUGGAAAAUAGCAUUACACCUGUUUUUGCAAAGAAAAAAAAAUUACGGUUGUCUCUUCCACACAUCUCUAGAAAGUUGGGAUAAGUAACAUCCAAUUGGUGUAAUUUAGAGCCUUUUAUUCUUGGUAGUCCUUGUGUCUCUGGUGGUUCCAGUUAUAGGUUUAUGUUUCUGUAUCUCUGGCAAGUCAUCUCUGAUUCCCUCAUUUCUUAUGAUGCUGCUCUCCGCUUACCUGUCACAGGUAUCUAAGGAUAACCAGCUUUUAUCGUUCUUCUUGCAAAUGUAGCAUCCCAAGCUAACCUUUGUUCGGUUUGGUUUAUGUGUUUGUCUCAUGAAGAAAGGAAAAGAUAAAAAAAGAGACCUUCUUCCACAGAGACCGCCUUUCUGCCCCAUCAAACACCUGACGGAGGCGCAAGCUUCUUCCCUCCCAGCAGAGACCCAGGAGCGAGGGGUGGAUGUGGGCGUGGCCAUCCUCCUGCAGUCGGCCAAUCAGAAAGUGUUGCUGACAAGGCGGUCCAAGACUCUGAGCAUCUUCCCCAACAUUUGGGUCCCUCCAGGUGAGAGUUGGAGGUGAGGCAGGGGAAGGGAAUGUGUUUGUGACACCGCAGUUAGAGAAAUUAGAGGUGGAGAAGGGAUGAGGAAAGCUGCCAUGCUCCAAAGGCAGGAGAAUACACAGUCAUCCUACAGCCGGACCCUACAGGUGGUCCACAGGAAGGUUGAGAACACCUGUAUUUCCCCCUGCAGUUUGUAUCCCCACCCCAGGUAACUGGGAUUGAGGCUCUUUAGACUAAGCCUGUAUGCUUGAACAGGCCAGCCAAGGACCUUACCUGGGGCCCCUGAUUUUCAUAAGAAAGUGCUUUGAAUUUUUUUUCUUCUUCUUAAGACCAGCAGUAUAUAAAUUUUACAAAAUUAAUAAAAGAAACAAUACCACAUUGGCUUUGAGUUGGAUCCUGGGGCUGAAGGACCUGACCAUUAGGUCCAGUCGUGGCCGACUCUGGGGUUGCGGCGCUCAUCUUGCUUUAUUGGCCGAGGGAGCCGGCGACAGUUUCCGGGUCAUGUGGCCAGCAUGACUAAGCUGCUUCUGGCGAACCUGAGCAGCGCACGGAAAUGCCGUUUACCUUCCCACCGGAGCGGUACCUAUUUAUCUACUUGCACUUUGACGUGCUUUCGAACUGCUAGGUGGGCAGGAGCAGGGGUAGUAUAUCUUUAUCCCCAUUGUGCAUGCCGGAGGGGCCGUACAUCCUGUGGAAAGCUGCCCCCCCCACGUUUCACCCCCUUUCCUUUGUGUCCAAGAGCUGAGAUGGCAACUCCGAGAAUGAAACGCUGAGCUGAGCGGUGGGCUUAGAGGGGGAUCGAGCCUGUCAGAAAUAAAUUGGCAUGGACCUUUCUUUUCCUUUGCAGGUGGCCACAUCGAACAGGACGAACAGGUAACGAAACAGCUUGCUGUGCUCUGGAAGGAGAGGAAGUACAGAGGCAACCUGUGUCAGGGGAAACCAGGCUGGGAGGAAAUAAGUUUAUUUAUACCAGGGAGGGUCAAUGUGGUUCCUUCUGCAUGUUGCUGGACUACGCCACCCAUCAGCCUGGCCGAGUCAGGGGCUGAUGGGAGUUUAGUCCAGCAGCAUCUUCAUGUUGGCUACUUGCAAUUUAUAGAGAUUUCUGUCCCAUCCUUCUUGUACCUCAGAGUGGCUUCUAUCAAUCUGAAUUUGUGUUUUUCCUUAAAAAAAAAGGGAGUUUCAGGAUCUGCUCCAAACCUGCUUUUUCUGCUCCUGUAGUUGCUGGAUGCUGGGCUGAGGGAACUGGGGGAAGAGACAGGCCUGUGGCUUGAGGACGGGGAGUUUUCCUGGCGCCCGCUGGCCCUGUGGGAGGUAAGAGUCACUCAAGCACCCCAGAAGAGCUGAGGUGAAUUAUGGGGUGCCUAGAAGGGCUGGGAGGGACCGGGGUUCAAAGGCCUGUCCACAUGAGGCAGGGGCAGCCAUGUUAGUUGUGCAUGACUUUGUCCUCUUCAUAUCUAAAAUGCACAAGUGUGAAUUAUUUGCGCACUAUUCGUUGUGCAGAGUCACCCAUGAGAGACUCCUUGGUUUAGCAAUCUGGUUAAGGCUGAGGAGACACCAGUUCUGAUUCCCACUUGGAUGCAGUUUGCCAGGUGACCUUGUCAUCAUUUCUCAAACCUGGCCUACCUCACAGGGUUGUGUUGAGGAUGGAAUUGGGGUGGGGAAGAGCCAUGCCACCCUACUCUCCUUGGGGCUAUUAAUUUUCAAGAAUAGAUAAAAGAGAGUUAUGAAACAUGGCAAUACUUGAGACGUAUUGCUCUAUCUACCGUAUUUUUUGCUCUAUAAGACGCACCAGACCACAAGACGCACCUAGUUUUUGGAGGAGAAAAACAAGAAAACAAAUAUUCUGAAUCUCAGAAGCCAGAACAGCAAGAGGGAUCGCUGCGCAGUGAAAGCAGCAAUCCCUCUUGCUGUUCUGGCUUCUGGGAUAGCUGCGCAGCCUGCAUUUGCACCAUAAGACGCACACACAUUUCCCCUUACAUUUUAGGAGGGAAAAAGUGAGUCUUAUAGAGCAAAAAAUACGGUACCUCAGAAUUGUCUACACUGACUGGCAGCAGUGGCUAUUUGUGGUUUUCGAUGGUAUCUUCCCAGCCCUAACUGGAGAUGCCAUUGGGGUUUGAACUUGGGACAUUCUGCAUGCCAAGCAACUGCUCUGCCCCUUGAGAUAGGGCCCUCCCCCCAGUGUUCAAAGCAGUUCACUUCCAGCCUGCUCUUUACAACACCCCUGUGAGGAGGAGUCGGUCUUCUCACACAGCCUAGGGGUUUCCUCACGGGUGCUGCCUUCUCUCACCCACUGCAGUCUGUGUACCCUCCCAUGCUGAGCAGAGGCCUGCCAAAGCGUCACCAUGUCGUUGUCUACCUCCUUUUGCUUUCCCGCGAGAGUCACCAGCAGCUCCAGGUGAGGUGGUUGGUGCUGUUCAGGGUCACGGGAAGCCUAACCGGGUGUCCAAGCGACCCCCCAGAAGAGAAGAUCAGAAGCACACACACACACCCUCCUGGUUUUAAACUAUGCACAGCAUCCAUAUGUCAAGAAUGCUCAAGUUGUGAUUGCAGGGGGUUGGAAUAGAUGAUCCUUGGUGUCCCUUCCAACUCUACAAUUCUGAUUCGCUCUUAUGGGCAAGCUCUGGUGACUCUGGUUUCUUGGAACUCUAGUUCAGCCUUUUUCCACCCGAGGGCUGAAUUCCCUGAUGGGCAGCCUGCCUAGUUCCUAGAGUGGUUUAACAAUCUAUCUCUCCACAGUGAACUCUGGGAGCUGCAGCUCUAGGAGGGCAUUAAGGGGGUCUCCUAGGAACUCUCAGCACCCUUAACAAACUACAGCUCCCAUAAUUCUUUGGGGCAAUUUAAAGUGGCAUCCAACCAGCCUUUUAACUGAGAAUGGCAAACCCCAGAUAUUUCAUGGGCAAAGAUGGGGGGCAUACUUUUGUACUGGUGAUAACCUUGUUUACACAUCCAGCUUUGCCUACUUAAAAUGAUCCUAACAGGUUUUUUAAAAAGAAAAUGGAAAUUUAUUAGAAUAUUUCAUCUCAGAGUAAACAACAGAGCGUCUUGUGGCAUAAGCUGAGAAGGAUGGGGAAGCUUUUCUGAUCAAUGGGCCAGAUAUCCUGACCCCUGGCAGGCAAAAUUUCACAGGUGGGUGGGGCACAUACCUGCCAAUUGCCCUAUGUCACAGUGACAUCAGGUGAUGCUGCAGUCUAAAGUGAAGCCCUGGUUGUCGGGAUUUCAAAGCACGGUGUGGGGCUGUUUGAAAGCCCUUUUGCAAGGAGACACAGACUGCUUUCAAACCUCUGAAAACCUGUUUGCAAAAGGGCUUUUAAACAGCCCCACACUGCUCUUGGAAUCGCCAGUUUUCUUUUAAAAUAAUAUCCCACCGUACUCGACAUGCCUAGAACAGUUCUGGUUGCUUGGCUGUGCUUACUUUUGUGUCACAUUUCAGGUGAGACUGAAGCCCAAUGAAGCAGAAGUGAGCGCUUACGCCUGGCUGGACGAGCCAGUCUUGGCAUCCAUCGCUGCUACACAGAAUGAGAUUGGGGCCACCAGUACGAUGGCAGGCGAUCUCCCACCAGCUGUCAGGUAUGUGGAUGGUUAGGCGAUGUGGAAAACAGGGGGGGGGAAGCACCCCCUCUCCUUCAGCACCUAGGUCAAAAGUGUGCUGGCAGCCCCUUGGGCAAUGUUUUGGGCUAACUGGGCAUCUUCUUUGCCUCCCCGAACAGCAUCACCGAACUGCAGCACGGCUCAGCCAAGACAGUGGCCAUCCCCACCACAAUGUUCCUCAGCUCCGCUCCGCUACAGGGGGAAGAUGUGGAAAGAGUGAGCACCGGGACAAAGUUUGCCCUGAGGCUCUGGCUGGACACUUUAGCGGUGCAAGCAGAGUGAAAGGAUCAAAACUGGGAAGGAAGAGAAAGAAAGAGGUGGCAAGCCCCAUGGGGUAUGAUCCGGACUCAGCCACUGGAUUUAAUCCUAGUUUUAUGCUGGUGCCAGUUGGCUCUCUCGAUACCACUAAGGUUAAUCAGGCUUCCCUUUUUGGGGGGUGUGGGUGGGGGGAAGGACUGAUCUAAUGGGGGAAUUGUAUUUUCACAUUUUAUUGUUCAGUGACCAAGGAGCAACAAGAGUUUCACUUCUUGCCUGGACUUUCACAGAUGUAGGCACACUCCACAUUAACAGGGGCAGGAAAGCAAAUGAGGGUUUUUAAAAGGUUGGGUGUGGUUUUUUUUAGCAGAACAUGUCAUUGUAGAUACUUAAAAGAGGCAGUCCACUGGACAGCAGGGAAGAAAUAAACAAAUGCAAACGAUAGGGCGCAUCUGAAUUUCACACCAUGAGUUCCAGAAUUUUAUUUCACGCGCUUGUCUGGUUCCUGUUCAAAGGACUAGCACACAUCAGUUCCCUUCGCAUUCAAGAUGACAGAAAAUAACCCGUGGAAGUGGGGUGGAUUUGAAGCCCUGUCUUCUUGCUCAAAAGUCUUACAACUUGUUCACUGUGCCACUGUGGCCCAUGUCCACAAUGGCCGUGCUUUUUAGGAAGGGGCAACACAUCUUUUGUAAUCAACUGUUGCUAUUCUUAUUUUAAAAAUAUUGUUUUGAAAAACCCAACAAAAAAUUAAAAAAAUGGGCGACAUAUGGCUCCACUUUGCUGCUCUGCUCAGCAGAUCGGCAGCCGUAUCCUGUACCAGCCGCGGCUUCCAGCCUGCCUGCCAACUCUACAAUUCAAGGGUAGCCCCGGGUGCAGCACAUUGCAGUAGUCCAGUCAGGACUGCCAACCAGGCUCUCUUGGUCCAGGGACAGCCAUAACAGGUGAACCAGCUGAGGCUGGAGACUGGCACUAAUGAAGUUAGAACUCCAGAACAGUUCUUUUGCCAAGAAUUUAUUUUAUCUAAAAGGUACUUUUUGCAUAUACACAAUGGCUCCAAGCUGAUAAAACAAAGAGAUUCAAUGGACAGAAAAAGGAGACCCAAAAGUGUGAAGCGAAGCAUUCCUCUUUUUUGCUAUUGGGGUGCAGAUGAAAUGUUUUAUGAGGUUAGGGAGAUGAAGCAGGGUGUGUGUUUUGUCUGCAGAAACAUUGUUUUAAAGCAGUUGAUAAUGGCAUUGAAAGAAAAACCAGAACCCCUGACCUUUCUUUGUCCCCAAAUGCUCACUGUUAAUGUACAAAACAUAUAUGCCUGUAGAGCUUGGCGGUUCUUCAUGCGGCUGCCUGGUCUUAACCCCCACUUGAUAAACAGCCGCAAGGCUGCAUGCCGAGGGGGGGGGGUAGGAACCUUGGGGGACACCUGCCCCCAAGUUCCAAGACAGUGUCUUCCUGAAGGCUCCCCACACCCAUCCUUGAAAGACAAAUCAGGUCAUCGCAAAUAGAUGCAUGUGUUGUUGGAAGAUAAAUUUGCAGUAUCGCUUACCAAGAUUUCAUGCUUCGAAGGAGCUGGAAUGUUGGCAAUGCUCAGGAGGAAUGGGGGGGGGGGUGUACCAAGCAUGGAGAUUUGAGGUUGGAAGAGAAGACUGCAGCUGUAAUAUAGGGCAGGAGCUCCCUCCCCGCCCCCAGCUCUUUAUUUCUGGCUUCAAACUUUGCUCAAAGAAUAGCCUCACAUCACGGCGCUUCUCCUCCAAAGGACUAGAGACUUGAGUUUUUGUAUAAACAGAAAUGGAGUUUUCAGGAGACGAAUGCCUAGGGCUGGGUGACAGGAGUCAGCGCGUUUUGCAGUCUAGCGUUAUAGAUUUAUGUCAGCUAGAAAAGUGGCACCCAACCCACCCAGAAGGUGUAAAUCUCUUGGCGUUUGACCGUUCUAAGCAGAUGCCUUGAAAAACAACCCCCUAGAUGGAAAUGACAUGGGGACACCCAAGUCACACACCUAAUGGCACAUAAUGAAGAACAUCAGAAAAGCCUGCUGGAUGAGGCCAGUGGCCCAUCUAGCCCAGCAUCCUGUUCUCAGUGGUGGCCACCCGGAUGCCCAUGGGAAACCUGGAAAGCAGGAUUUGAGCACACAAGUGCCCUCUCCCACCCUGCGGAUUCCAGCACCUGGCAUUCCUGGAGGCAGCAAUGAGCAGCUACUGAUAGCCCUCUCCUCCAUGAAUCUGCCUAAUCUUUUAAAGCCAUGGAGGUUGGUGGCCAUUGCUGCUUCCUGUAGGAGGAAGUUCCACCGUUUCAACUCUUCAUUACCUUUCCGAUUCAAAAUAUCCCCCCACUUCUACAGCCGCAGAUCACCAAUGCAGAUUAAUACUGCCUGCCCACCAAAGGAUGCUCUGAAGAAACGGUGUAGUGUAUUUGCAUCCAUGCAAGCAUCCUCUAAAAUGUUAGUGAAAUGAUAUAUUGGGAUCGGGUGAGGAAACUAAUCUGUGUUAAAGCAAAGGUUGGAUGACCUCCAAGGCACCAACCCUUACGCUGUAGUCUGGCAGACAGAAGUGCUGCUGAAACGUAAGACAUUCCCUACAGUGGGAACUUCCAACAAACUCAAAUUUGGAUGGCCGUGAAGUACCGUAUUUUUUGCUCUAUAAGACUUACUUUUUCCCUCCUAAAAAGUAAGGGGAAAUGUGUGUGCGUCUUAUGGAGCGAAUGCAGGCUAUACAGCUAUCCCAGAAGCCAGAACAGCAAGAGGGAUUGCUGCUUUCACUGCGCAGCGAUCCCUCUUGCUGUUUUGGCUUCUGAGAUUCAGAAUUUUUUUUCUUGUUUUCCUCCUCCAAAAACUAGGUGCGUCUUGUGAUCUGGUGCGUCUUAUAGAGCGAAAAAUACGGUAUGCGGAUUUUAUGUGUUGCUACUUGGAAGUGAAGCAUUUCAAGGCAGCUUUGGCCCAGUGAUGCUAGGAAGUUUGCGGGCUGUUUAAUUCUGACUUCCACCUCACUUUGCCAGCUGAUCCUUUUGGCUGGAGAGGCGGGGUUUGCGCCUUCUGCAUGUAAUGGAAGGGCUCUGCCACUCAACUAUGGUCCCAACGCAGGGAGCAAAUGUCUCCUAUUACCUUCCCAUUCAGGAACCCCAGAUAAGCUUCCAAGGAAGCCCAGGAUUCAUCAAAACCUCUUUCUUGUUCCAAACUCAGAUUUAA